AUGACUUACGGUUUCCCAAAGACAUCUUUCUUUAUUGGUUUAUUAUUAAUUGGGUUACUUGUUUUACAAACUUAUUUACCACAUGCACCACAAAUACCAAGUUAUGAAGUAACUUAUGCUUCAUUUAAAGACAAAGUAAAUUCAACAUUCUGUACUGCAAAUUAUCCAUCUACUAUUCAAAAGGUAGUAACACAAUUACCUAAAUUUAAUGCUGAAAUAUUACUUAUUGUUUUAGCUUUGUCAAUUGCUUUAGUUUGGUUAUUUAAUUUGAUUCCACAAAAUGGAUUUUUCUCAUGGACUUUAAUCCAUUUAUUGACACUUUUCUUAACAGUAAUUGGUGCUGUAGCACUUUAUUUAUUCUGUUUAACUCCAUCAGUUACUUGUAACAAAUUCAAAACAGUAGUAUUAAACUUUGAAAAAUACAGUAUUUUUGAAUUUAUUACUGGUAUUACUGGUAAUAAUAAUAUUAUCCCUUCUAUUUUCUCAUUUGUUCCUUCACAUAUUUUUGAUAAAUUUACUAUUUUCAAAGGUAUCUUUAUUAAUUAUAUUAAUAAGCUUGGUGUUACUACUCCAAUUUUCGUUGUUGUUAUUGCUUUCUAUUUAAUUAACAAAAAAACUAGAUUAGUUACUAGAUUUGAAUUAUCUUCAUUUAUUAUUUUAAUUAUCUCUGGUAUUUCUGGUAUUGAAUAUUAUAAAAUGACAUCUGAUUAUAUCUUUACUGGUGUAUUUGUUCUUGGAGCUAUUGUAUUAGGUAUUAUUUUUGUUAACUUAUUAUUAACUUUCUAUUAUAUUCUUUAUUCACCAGUAUAUAUUUUCGGUUGUUACUUGUUAAGUUAUAGAUUACUUAGCCUUUGUCUUAUUUUCUCAGUCCCAUUUGAAUUAGAAAUUGCUUGUGGAUUCUUUAUUUUCUUAUUCAGUAAUAUUUUCAUUUGGACUUAUGACAGAAGUUAUUUGACUGCUAUCUUGUUACUUAUCGACGGUUUGAAUAAACUUUAUCUUCUUCCAUAUGAAGCUUCAGUAAUCUUUGUCUUCCUUUUUUACAUUUUCACAUGUGACUGCUGCAAGUGCAAGAAAACUUGUAAGGAAGCUGCUAAACCAAAAACUGACUAA